CUCUUUUCUUUUCAAUGGAUUCAUUGUACUGUGCAAUUUUUGUUAACAGAUGGUAGUUAAACAUGAUUAGGAAAUUAUCAUUAUUGCUGGUUUUAUUUCUUUGUAUAUCAUGCCAAGCCUUAGAAGAUGCACCAAAAAAGACGAAUGUGGACUCUUUGCCUCAAGAAAUCAAAAGCACAGCGUCUGAUAAUUUUACAACAACAACAACAGCAAUAAGUACAACAACAGAAGAUGAAGGAAAAAAGCAAGUUGAAGAAGCCAUAUCAAAUAUUCAAACUGGCCAAGAAGCCCAGAAGGAAGAACAGAGCAGUAGCAUGAAGAUUUUCUUUAUUUUAAUUGUUUUAGCACUAUGCAUAUUGCUCACUCAUCUUCUUAUCAAAUUUAAAUUUCAUCUUUUGCCAGACAGUGUUGCUGUUGUAUUUUUAGGGGCUGCUAUUGGAGGGGUAGUAAGGAUGAUGCAAAAAGCAGGAGUUGGAAAUUGGCUGGAUGCAGAGAUGUUGAGUCCAAAUACAUUUUUCCUGUUAUUGCUUCCACCAAUCAUUUUUGAAGCCGGAUAUUCUUUACAUAAGGGAAACUUUUUUCAAAACAUCGGAUCUAUAUUGGUAUUUGCUGUGAUCGGAACAACAAUAUCUGCAAUGUUUGUAGGCGGAGGAAUUUAUUUGAUGGGAGUUGCAGGAAUUGCAUAUAACCUUACUUUGUUAGACAGUUUUGCAUUUGGAUCUCUCGUAUCAGCAGUAGAUCCUGUAGCAACUAUUGCAAUAUUUAAUGCAUUAAAUGUUGAUCCUGUUCUCAAUAUGUUGGUGUUUGGCGAAAGUAUUCUCAACGACGCAGUGUCGAUUGUACUGACAAACACUUUUCAAGCAUUAGCAAAUGAAACGGAGGAUGACACAUCCUCAAGAUUCGCUCAUGCAAUCACAGACUUCUUAAGAAUGAUGUUUGGAUCUGCGUUACUUGGUGUUCUGCUGGGUUUAAUCAGCGCAUUGUUGAUGAAGUGGGUUGAUUUACGUAAAACUCCUUCUUUGGAGAUGGGAAUGAUGUUGAUAUUUUCAUAUAUUCCAUACGGCCUUGCAGAAGGACUAAAACUCUCAGCUGGAUUUUCAGGCAUAAUGGCAAUACUGUUUGCUGGGAUAGUUAUGUCACAUUAUACACAUCACAAUCUAUCACUCGUGACACAAAUAAACAUUCAGCAGACUCUCAGAACACUGGCUUAUAUGGCAGAAACAAGUGUGUUUGCAUAUCUUGGAAUGGCAAUCUUCAGUUUUCAACACAAUUUUCAACCAGCAUUUGUUAUUUGGAGUAUUGUUCUCCUGUUACUUGCCAGAGCCCUCAAUAUUUAUCCUUUAUCGUGGAUAUUAAAUCAUUUCCGAGAUACAAAAAUAACAAAAAGAAUGCAGUUUAUCAUGUGGUUCAGUGGUUUGAGAGGAGCCAUUUGUUAUGUUUUAAGUCUUCAUCUGGAGCUUGACAGCGAUGAAAAACGUCAAGUUAUCAUUACAACUUCUCUAAUUAUUGUUUUGUUUACUUUAUUAUUACUUGGUGGAGCAACGUUCCCAGUUGUCAGGUGUCUGAAAGUUCAGGAUUUAAAAACAGUCGGACUCGGUUUAACAAUGAGUAAAACUGAAGAGUUAGGAAAAGCGAUCGAAUCAGAUCAUAUUUCUGAGCUAACGGAAGAAGAAUACGAAGAAAAAUAUAUUUCUGCGAGACCAGAAUUGAAAGGAUUUGCAUAUUUUGAUGCAAAAUAUCUAAUGCCGUUUUUUACAAGAAGAAUAACAAAAAUGGAAUUGAUUAGAAAUAGAACUCAAAUGCAACAAUUAACCAACAAAUGGUAUGAGGAGGUCAGAGGUCGGCCGUCAGCUUCAGAAGACGAAGAAGAAACUGAAAUUUAAAACAUAGGGUGCGAUCAUGUGUGCCUUUGUGAGUGGCGAAUGGUGAAGCCAUAUAAUGUUCCAUAUUGCAUUGCCAUGUAGAUGAUUUGUUGCGUUUUCUUUCUUGCUAUUUUUACGUAUAAAAUUUGAAGUGUCCUUUUUACUUUUUAUAUACUCUAAGGUACAGACUAUUCUCGAUGCAGUGCCAAUAUUUUAAGUAGUUUGAUACCUUCCAGAAUUAGUAUUUGUAACAUUAUCAUAUACUGAAUGUCUGAUAUUUUCAGGCUUUUCUUUAUAGGUUAUUAAAUUCUAACAGCCCGGCAGAUGACUUCAAGAUUCAGUCAGGUCGUAUUGCUGUCUCUCAGUCCACAUCAGAAUUCAUGUAAUAAUAAUAACCCGUUUAGUCACAACUCACAAAUGUACUUUUUUUGGAUGACAACUAAUAAUAAAUCUUUCUAAGUCUCUGGAGAAGUGACUUCUAUGGUGUGGAGCCUAUUAACUGAGUGUCAGAGAUGCUGUAUAAACUAUAUUGCGAUUUUUCUUUUAGUUCUCCUUAUAUAUGCUGUAAUUGAAAUGAGAGUUGGCAAAUAAAAUUCAGUAUUUCGAAAUAUAUGUUAAAUAUAAUCUUCAAGCUCUGUUGUAAGAGUGUAUCGUUGUUGUACCACUGUGCUUAUUUUAUCACUUAUAUUUGUGUUGUCCUGUAUGCGCACACAUAUUGGGAAUAUGGUGUCUGUGGGAUUGGAAUGUGGCACGUUUACUUUAUACAUGCAAUGAUUCAAUCGUGUUUGUCAAUUUGGUUUUUAAAAAUAAAAAUUGCAUGAUGUUG